GAAACAAUUGAACUCCAAAAGACCUUCUUUUUCUCUCCUUCCCUCUUUCUUUCUCCCCAUAAAAAAACUCUGGAACAACAUACCUCUUUUCUUUCUUUCCAAAUCCCUUCUCUUCUUUUAAAAAUAAAACUCUGGAACAUAGUGCAAAAGUCAUUUUCAAAAGAAAUCCCAAACAUCCACUGAGAUUUUGAGAAACCUUUGAUUCCCCUGCAACGAUUCCCUUCUUUUAACCGAUUGAAGAUGGAAACCCUAGAAGACGAACAAUCGGAUGAUCGAUCGGCGCAGAAAGCCAAAAAUUCAUUCCCUGAGGAAAUAAUCGAAGAUAUCCUUUCCAGAAUCCCCGUGAAAUCCAUCCUCCGAUUCAAAUCUGUCUCUAAAUCAUGGCUGUCGCUCAUCUCCGGUCCAUCAUUCCACAAACUCCACUCCACCGUUGGCCCCCGUACCACCGCUUUAUUUUUUACUGCUCGCGAUUCAUCCACCAAAACACGAUACUUCUUCUCCGGUGCUAAUGACGGUGGAUCAGUCGCUAAUCUCAUGAAACUCGACUACACUGUCUUCGACGCAGCCAAUCUUCAUGCCGAACAUUUAAACGGGCUACUAUUUUUUACUUCCCGGGAUAGUUAUUGUGGUAAACUGUAUGUUUUUGUUUUUAACCCUACCACACACAAGUUUUUCAAACUCCCUGAUCCUCCUGUUCCCUUACGGAAUUACACUGAUGAAAACAAGUGUGAUUAUUACUUGUUUGGGUUCGAUGAACCAAGUAAUGAACACAAAGUUUUGUACAUUGAUGUUGAAUUAAUUAAACCUACUACAAUAGAGGUAAUGAUUUUUUCCAUCUCAAAUUACUCAUGGAGAAAGAUUGAGGUCGAUCUUCCUCUUGGUAUGAGUGCCCGGCGUUGUUUCUCUGGCACCGGAGGUAGUGUUUGUGUCAAUAGCGUCAUACAUCUUAAGCUUCGAAAUCCACUUGAAAUUUUGGCAUUCGAUUUAACAACAGAGACGUUUUACAUUGUUAACAAGCAUCCAGAGGCGGCGCCCGACACUGACACUGACACUGACACUAAUUUAACGUCCAUGUAUCCUUAUGCAAUGUUAGUAAAAAUCAAUGGCUUAUUAGGCUUAGCUUGUUGCGAUCCCUGGAACUGGGAGGAAUGGAACAAAGUGCACAUUUGGAUGUUGCAAGACUAUGAGAAACGAGUUUGGGUCAGAGAAACUGUUACGAUCCCUUCCAAGUCUCAGUUCCGUUAUGGGGCAUAUGGCCCUUACCCGUGUGAUUCUACUAAUAUGGACAAGAUUAUCUUUUCCCCAAGGGUGUUGUCUGAGAAUUUGAUCAGCGUAUCCAUCUAUAACAUGAAGACUAGAUGUUUUAAAUCAAUUGAACUCACUCUUGGUCAUCGAUUUCUAUCCCCAAAAUCGGUGUAUGUGGAGCAAAUCAAGUGUUAUGUUGAAAGCCUCAUUCCCUUACAGAACUAGCAUGCUUUCAUUUCUGCAAUUCAGAAUCAUAGCAGUUGGAGCUAAUGAGUGUCAUGUUGAAAGCAUCAUUCCUUUAAAAGAAAUAGGACUUGAUGAUCCAGCAGAAGUUCAGUUUGCACUUUGUUGGUGUAUUGCCGCUGCGUGUUUUUUAUAGAGUUUCUACUGCUUUUAAAUAGUUUUAUUAUGACUAAACAAAUUUAACUGUUUCUAAAAUGCUUAUGCUUUACAAAA